AUGAUUAAUGGGAAUAUAACUACAGUAACACACUUCAUCAUCUUGGGCUUCCCCGCUCUGAAGAAACUUCAACUUCUCCUCUUUUUUGUGGGGUUAGCUGUCUAUAUCUUGACUUUAGGUGGACACCUCAUCAUUAUCACCAUAGUACGCAUUGACCAACGUCUUCACACUCCCAUGUACUUCUUUCUCAGCAACUUCUCCUUCCUAGAGAUAUGGUAUACCUCUAAUAUUGUUCCCAAGAUGCUAGAAGUCCUCCUAGAUAAAGACAAAACUAUCACAUACUCUGGCUGCAUUACGCAACUCUAUUUUCUUAUUACAUUUGGUACAGCAGAAUGUUUCAUUCUGGCAAUCAUGGCAUAUGAUCGCUACUUAGCCAUAUGCAACCCUCUGCGCUAUCCAAUUCUCAUGAAUAACAAAGUUUGCCUUCAGCUGGCUGUGUGCUCUUGGGCUGGUGCUUUCAUAAUAAAUAUUCCACCACUAAUCUCACUAUGUAGACUGCCAUUUUGUGGGCCCAAUGAAAUUAACCAUUUCUUUUGUGAUGCACCACCUUUACUGAAACUCUCUUGCAUUAAACCCCAUGUAGCCGAACUGUGCAAUUUCAUUGUGGCCACUAGCGUCAUUGUCAGUUCCUUCUUCCUCAUACUGAUAUCUUACAUCCUCAUUAUAAUCACUGUUUUGAAAAUACCCUCAUCUUCUGGGCGUCAAAAAGCCUUCUCAACUUGUGGGUCCCACCUGGCCGUUGUGACUAUUUUCUAUGGCACACUAAUGUUCAUGUAUGUGCGUCCAACAUCCAACUUUUCAGUUGAUUCUGUGAACUUCAACAAAGUCAUAUCCAUGUUCUAUACUGUCAUCAUCCCCAUGCUAAACCCAAUUAUUUACUGCUUGAGAAACAAGGAAGUCAAAGAUGCCCUGCAGAAAGCAGUUAGGGGGAAAUGUAUGCUGCUGUUAUCAAAAUCAAACACCAUUUCAGGUGGGAUAAUGAAUUAG